UAGAAAAAAAAAACAAUAAAAAAACCAACAACCUCACCGCCCUUCCUCCUUUGGCUGAGAUCGUCUCUGUUCCUCUUCCUCUUCCUCUGUGGCUGAUAUCAGAAUCCGAAGAAGCUCGAAACCCGACAAGCUCCUCGUACUAGUGACUUCUAAAUCUUCGGCUAAGUGAUAAAAUAGAAGAGACCCAUUUGAUUUGAAUUUGGAAAUUGAAGGGGUCGAAGAAGUUGUCGAGGAUGGCCUGCAGGGGGUGCUUGGAGUGCCUGUUGAAGCUGUUGAACUUUGUUUUGACCCUUGUGGGGCUGGCCAUGGUGGGCUAUGGGAUCUACUUGCUGGUCGAAUACUUGAGAGCUUCAGACUCAACCGUUAUGUCUUCAGCUGUAGGCGACGAUCAUGAUUUGGUACAGUUGAGCCGACCUUUGCUCAUGACUGUGUCUCUUUCAACUAGUACCUUGGAUAAUUUGCCAAAAGCUUGGUUCAUAUACUUGUUUAUUGGCAUUGGAGCGAUUAUAUUUAUCAUCUCUUGUUUUGGUUGCGUGGGUGCAAUGACACGGAAUGGCUGCUGCCUGAGUUGUUAUUCGGUCCUGGUGAUCCUUUUGAUCUUGGUAGAGCUGGGAGCUGCCGCCUUUAUAUUCUUUGACAAAAGCUGGGAAGAUGAAAUACCAACGGAUUCAAGUGGAGAUUUUGAGAUGAUAUAUGCAUUUCUGAAAGCUCACUGGACCAUUGUCAGAUGGGUUGCUCUUGGAGCUGUUGUCUUCGAGGCUCUACUUUUCUUGCUCGCUCUAGUGGUUAGGGCAGCAAACAGACCAGCAGAAUAUGACAGUGAUGAUGAGCUCAUUGCUCCAAGGCAACAAAUCAGGCAGCCAUUGAUUGCCAACAGGCAAGCUGUUCCAGCAACUGGUGCACCUGUUGCUGGGGCUCUUGAUCAGCGACCACCAAACAGAAAUGAUGCGUGGAGUACACGCAUGAGGGAAAAGUAUGGGCUUAAUACAGCUGAGUUUACAUACAACCCAUCAGAGUCACAGAGUCAAGUUUCAGCUCAACCACAAGAAGAAAGGAGCCGAUGCAUCAUCAUGUGAUAAAGUGGAGUUAACCACAAUUUAAACUUGGUUCGGUUUCUGAAGGCCACUUCUUCGACCAUGUUAGAACUGCAGCAUUUCCAAAGGAUGGUCUUUUCCUUUUUGUUGCGUUUGUGUACAAUCAUGAGCUUUACUUAAUUCCCCGCGGAAGCGUGUUCUCUUUAUAUGUAUUACCAGUUGGUGUGUAAUUGUACUGCUAGUUAGUGAUUACGGAGUGAGUAGUUUUAUGAACGGAGUUACUUGAGACAUUCUGGCAGUUACAAUGAUGUACUUGAUCUAUUGGUUUUUAAGUUCUUUUACCUA